CAAAGCUUAAAUCUCAAAAGUGCUGUGUAACAAAAAUUAAAAAGAAAUCUUUGUUCCAACUAUUUUCCACUCCUAUUUCGCCGUUACCCGAGCAUCCAAAAUGUCUGGGGCAUUGUUUGGAAACACUGCUGGUGGAAGUCGUUCCAGUAGUAAAAAUUUAGUUGAAUUUCGGGCCGGAAAGAUGCAACUGAAAGGAACAACGGUGACCCCCGACAAGAGAAAGGGACAAGUCUACGUUCAUCAAUCCGACGACUCGUUGAUGCAUUUUUGUUGGAAGGAUCGUGGUACAGGCGUGGUUGAAGAUGAUCUGAUAAUCUUUCCCGAUGACUGUGAAUUCAAAGCCGUUGCACAAUGCACCACCGGCCGAGUCUUUGUUCUCAAGUUCAAGUCAUCAUCUCGGAAGUUUUUCUUCUGGAUGCAGGAGCCAAAGAAGGACAAGGAUGAGGAGCACUGUAAGAAGGUGAAUGAGAUGCUGAACAACCCUCCGGCUCCCGGCUCAGGAGGUGGUGGAGGACGUUCUGGGGCUGGUGGUCUUCCUCCAGAAUUGGCUGGACUUGGAGCUGCUUUAGGCGAGGGCGGUCUUCAGAAUGUCCUUGGAAACAUGGAUCAGCAGCAGUUGAUGCAGUUGCUCAACAGUGGUGGCCUAGGUGGCCUUGGUGGUUUAGGAGGACUCGGUGGUCUAAUGGGACAUGGCCGUCCUGCUAGCUCUCAAUCUACUGCCUCCUCCACUGCACCGUCCCGUGUCCAGUCCUCCCCUGGGCCACGCCCUCAAGAAUCUACUGCCACCCCUCAGCCCCGCCCUGCUACAACCAACCCCACGGUGACUACUGCCAGUGCCACCCCAGACCCUGUCACUCCUACUCAAGCCCCAGCAGCGACCAGCGCUUCAGCCCAGAAUCCGGCCAUUCAAUUGAGAGACCUUCAGUCCAUCCUCAGCACUAUGAAUAUUCCCACUGUCCCUGGAGCUGAAGGAGCACAGCCUGCAGUAGACUUGACCAAGGUCCUGACCUCCGAGGCAAUGGCUCCAAUCAUGGCUAAACCCGAGGUACAAAAGCGGCUGAUUCCAUUCUUGCCAGAGGGGGAAUCUCUGCCACGUGACCCAGAGAGGCUUCGUCAGACUCUGCAGUCCCCUCAAUUCCAACAAGCCCUGAAUAUGUUCACUGCUGCAUUCCAAUCAGGUCAGCUUGGACCACUGAUGGGUCAGUUUGGUCUGGGGACUGAAGCUACAGAUGCAGCUACUAGAGGAGACCUUGAGGCAUUUGGCAAAGCGCUCCAGUCCGGAGGAACUGAUGAUAAGAAAGACGAAGGAGGAAAAGAUGACGAAGAAGAAAUGAAUCUAGACUAAUCAGGAUUCAUUCAGAUUUAUCUAAAUCAGUAAUAUUAGUUCUUAUAAUUCAGAUAAAUAAAAAUGAUAUGAUUGAGGUUUGCGAUAACCUGAGUGUUUUACCAUCAAAACCAAAACAGGCAUGUACUUUAAAGGAACAUUACAGAAUUGGUUUUUGCUAAGAAAACAGUUGCUGGCAGAUGUAACCCACCAUCUACAUAAACUGAAAAAUGUGUAGAAUUUCGUUUCUUAGCAAUACUGUUAUUUCCUUUUGAGUCUAAUUUCUAAUUUUUGGUUCUCAGUAAAAAAACA